AUGUUUCAGCGUAACGCAAUAUGUUUUUUAGCUGUUCUAUGCAUGGUCCGUGGAAGUCAAGCUAUGAUUCCAGCAUAUUCUGUUUCAGCGUUACGACUAGCUUUCGACGAAAUAUCAGCCGUGUUGCCAAUCGCUAAUGAGCUCGCUUGUCUCUUGAUACCAUUCCUCAUAAACCUCAUCAAUAAUCUAAAUAAUUUAUCCAAUAUUGUCCAGAACUUAACACCUGCUAUUCUGCCAUAUUUUGGCUGCACUCUUCCUCUUUUAUACGCGACUUUGACUGACCUGGCAUCUGUUUUAUUCCUCUACAUCAGUGUGCUCAUAUCGUUGUUUAGAUCAAAUGUCCUCUCAGCUCCAGGUCUUCUAAUGGCUCUGGUUUCCCAAAUACUAAAACUAGUUCUGGAAUUACUCACAGGUCUUGCAGAUUCUGGCGGAAUUCUGUCAGGUCUGAUCAAAUUAAUUACAACUGUUGUCGUCGAAUUGGAGAAGCUAUUGAUUUAA